AUGUGGGCGCUCAGGCGGACGAGGCAGGCGCUGUACGCAAUCCUACCGGCAUCCGCCCAGCCCACUCCCCCGCACACCUCGACACGGACAGGCAGCGAGGCAAAGGGCGCCGUGGACAUGCGGACGACAGGCGCAGCAGUACUCCUCGGCAUUGUGCUCGUGGCGUACACCCUGCAGACUGAGCUCGCCUCGUACGCCCAACACGAACUCGGAUACAAGAAGCCCUACUUUCUCUUCUACCUCACGCACAGCUCGUACAUAUCCCUCUUCCCCCUGCAUCUCGUGGUCCUCGCCCUCCUCGGAACACCCAUUCGCUCAAACCUCGCUUCGCUCGUCGAUAUUCUCGCGUUCAAGUACUCAGCGCCAGGAGCGUACACGUCUCUACGAGCCAGCGUGCCUUCGUCGCCCGUUCUGCGGAAUGGACGGACCGCGGCAGGUCGGAAGCCGUCCAUGCCUGGCCUGAUGGACGAGGGACUGCUGGCGGUGACGAAGGGUGUUGCGCAGGAGGAGUGGGUCAAGCACAUGGCGAGGAAAGCCUUAAUCUUGACGUUCUUCAUCUCGGCGCCGGCGCUCUCGUGGUACGCGGCUGUGCCGCUCACGAGCAUGACCGAUAUCACCGCCAUUUACAACGUCUUUGCCUUUUGGGCCUACCUUCUAUCGCUCUACUACCUUCCAACUCCAGCCACUUCCCGCACCUCCCGCUUCAUCCGCAUGAUCAACCUCGUCUCGGUCCUCCUGGCCGUCUGCGGAGUCUUUGUCAUUGCAUACGGCGAUGCAGCGGCGGCAGGCGGAACAAGCGGAGAGGCGAAGAACAGGCUGGUCGGGAACGGGCUGGCGUUGUUUGGCAGUCUAGCGUACGCAGGGUACGAGAUCUCGCUGUCGGAAACUUCGCACGACACGCCUAUGACGCCCAUGACUCGCACGCAUGCUCGCGCGACUUCCUCCGUUUCCGACAGCGACGACGAGCCGAGCAGCCGGUUCGCUGCGAACGGCAAGGACGACCCGGACGCUCCCUCCGAGACCUCAUCUCUGCUCCCUUCUCCUCCCGGCACUCCCGAUAGAACUGCCUCCCCUCCCCCUCACCCCUCCGCGAAUGGCGCUUCGACUUUGCCCAAACACGCUCCCUCCGCUUCUACUUCUCGACCGCGACCCCCUCCACUCGCCCGUACGCCCUCCUACCGCUCCCCCGCUGCCCUCCCCCCACGAAUCACGCCCACCCUUCUCCUCCUCUACUCGAACACGAUCACCUCGUUGAUCGGACUGUGCACGUUCGGGUUGCUGUGGGUGCCAAUCUUUGUGCUGGAUUGGUGCGGGUGGGAGAAGUUUGAAUGGCCGCCGGAUGGAGCGGGAUUGGUGCUAGUCGGGAUUGCAGCUGGCGGAAUCGUCUUCAACGGAGGCUUCAUGAUCCUCCUCUCGCUUUGGGGACCCGUCACCGCUUCAGUCGCCAACCUCCUCACUCUCCUCCUCGUCUCGCUCGCCGAUGCCCUCUUCGUCCCCUCCGCACCGCCAAUGACGACUUCGACCCUCAUUGGCGGUGCCAUGAUCGUCGGUGCCUUUGCGGGACUGAUCGUCGCGGAAGUGAGGGGUGAGGAGGCGCAUGCGAAGGGAGGAGGAGCGGACGUGGUGGAUGACGACGAGGUGUGA